CACAAUUACACUGUACUAUUAGAGGAGCAGGACGACAGCUCAUCAUUGGUGUAUGGAAAAAGAUUAGGAAAGCAGGAGGAAAAGGGGAGAGGCAUAGAGAAAAGAAGCAAAAGAAUCAGCAGCAGACAGCCUUCCUACCCUGUGUCUUUCUCAUCCCUUUCUUCCUUUGAUGAUGAAGUAAACAUGACCCCUAUUUCUCCCGGAAGCUGGACAAGGAGAGGAGGAAGAAGGAAGGAAGCCUAGGAAAGCCACCUCUCACCUUCUCCCCACCAAACGCUUCUUGGCAGAAAAGCUUCCCCCUUGGCUUGGCUUGGAUCUCUCCUUUAAUUACACCCUGGCGAUUGUCUGGCUAAUAAGACCAAACAGGGAGAGGGUUGGGGGAGUAGAGUAGAGACACAGACGCAGGUGUUGGGAAGAGGUUUGUGGGGAUCAAGAAGAUGAGGAGGUGGGUCUUGGCCAUCGCCAUUCUUGCUGCUGCUUCUGCAGAGCUCUUCCUUGGGGCUGAGGCCCAGGCGGUCCAGCAGGGCCACCAGACAGAGAGGAUCUCAGGAAGUGCUGGUGAUGUGUUAGAAGAUGACCCUGUUGGGAGGCUCAAGGUCUAUGUCUAUGAUCUCCCCAGCAAAUACAACAAGAAGCUGCUGAAGAAGGAUCCUAGGUGCCUGAACCACAUGUUUGCCGCUGAGAUCUUCAUGCAUCGGUUCCUGUUGUCAAGCGCUGUCCGAACUUUUAAUCCUGAGGAAGCGGAUUGGUUUUACACACCCGUAUACACAACAUGUGAUCUGACUCCUUCAGGUCUUCCCUUGCCUUUCAAGUCUCCUCGAAUGAUGCGCAGCGCAAUUGAGCUGAUUGCCACAAACUGGCAUUACUGGAAUAGAUCAGAGGGCGCAGAUCAUUUCUUUGUCACACCACACGAUUUUGGUGCUUGCUUUCAUUAUCAGGAAGAGAAAGCAAUUGGGCGUGGAAUCCUUCCCUUGCUUCAGCGUGCAACACUGGUUCAGACCUUUGGACAGAAAAACCAUGUCUGCCUGAAGGACGGAUCCAUCACCAUACCACCAUAUGCGCCUCCGCAGAAAAUGCAGACUCAUCUUAUUCCCCCAGACACGCCUCGGUCCAUCUUUGUGUACUUCCGCGGUCUGUUCUAUGACACCAGCAAUGAUCCCGAGGGCGGUUACUACGCAAGGGGUGCUCGUGCGUCUGUCUGGGAGAACUUUAAGAACAACCCGCUCUUCGACAUCUCAACCGAUCACCCCCCUACGUAUUACGAAGACAUGCAGCGGUCAGUGUUCUGCCUGUGCCCAUUGGGCUGGGCUCCAUGGAGUCCCAGGCUGGUGGAAGCCGUGGUAUUUGGCUGCAUCCCGGUGAUCAUCGCAGAUGACAUCGUCCUUCCCUUCGCGGAUGCCAUCCCGUGGGAGGAGAUUGGCGUGUUCAUCGCCGAGGAUGAUGUCCCGAAGCUGGACAGCAUCCUGACAUCCAUUCCAACAGAUGUUAUACUGAGGAAGCAACGGCUCCUCGCGAACCCGUCGAUGAAGCAGGCCAUGCUCUUCCCCCAGCCUGCUCAAGCGGGAGAUGCGUUCCACCAGAUUUUGAACGGGCUCGCGCGCAAGCUCCCGCACAGUGACAAUGUCUUCUUGAAGCCCGGGGAGAGGGUUCUGAACUGGACCGCCGGACCACCGGGCGACCUGAAGCCUUGGUAGCAUCUCGCGGAUUUGAGAUGGAUAAAAGUUUUUGGAAAGGAAAUACUGAGGACAUGAUAUACUUGCGCCUUUAAAUUACCAUGGUUGCAUAGUGCUGACCAUAAGCCAAAUGUACAUUUUUUUUAUGUUCUUUCCCUAUAGCUAUUAUACCAUAUAUCUUCAUUUCUCUCGUUUUUUCCCCUUUAUCUCAUUCAUUAGAUGAUGAUGAGAAUGUCAGGCGUUGUGGGCCUUGUCCAUCAUAUGUGGAUAUAUUAAUCAGAAUUUACAAGAUUUUACUCC